UCUCUCUCUCGCUCUGCCUCUUUCAGCUUGCUCUCUCACCCUCACAUUCUUUCAGCUUGCUCUCUUUCUCUCGCUCUUGCUAUCGCUCUCUCUCUCGCUCUGCCUCCCUCUCACUCUCUCUUGCUCUCACGUUCUCUCUCAGCUUGCUCUCUCUCUCACUCUCUCUCUCGGAUCUUCCUCCACCGCCUGUUGCUGUCCACGUUCACGACUCCAGUGAGGAACUCUCUCGCUCUGCUCUCGCUUGCUCCCCUGUUCUCUCUCUGCUCUCGCUCACUCUCUCACGCUCUCUCUCGGCUCUUCCUCCGCCGCCUGUUGCUGCCCGCGUCCGCGACUCCGCCGAGGAACUCUCUCUCUCUCCUCGGUUAUGGACUGCUGAGGACUUCGAGUUCUCGUUUUAACUGAAAGCCGUAACGAUAAAACCAGAGCAUGGGGAAGCAGAACAGCAAGCUGCGUCCGGAGGUGAUGCAGGACCUGCUGGAGAGCACGGACUUCACCGAGCACGAGAUCCAGGAGUGGUACAAGGGCUUCCUGAGGGACUGUCCCAGCGGCCACCUCUCCAUGGACGAGUUCAAAAAGAUCUACGGCAACUUCUUCCCCUACGGAGACGCCUCCAAGUUCGCCGAGCACGUCUUCCGGACCUUCGACGCCAACGGGGACGGCACCAUAGACUUCCGGGAGUUCAUCAUCGCGCUCAGCGUCACGUCCAGAGGGAAGCUGGAGCAGAAGCUCAAGUGGGCCUUCAGCAUGUACGACCUGGACGGGAACGGCUACAUCAGCAAGGCCGAGAUGCUGGAGAUCGUACAGGCUAUUUAUAAAAUGGUUUCUUCGGUAAUGAAGAUGCCCGAGGACGAAUCUACACCGGAGAAAAGAACGGAGAAGAUCUUCAGACAGAUGGACAUCAACCGAGACGGUAAACUGUCCCUGGAGGAGUUCAUCAAAGGAGCGAAGAGUGACCCGUCCAUCGUCCGUCUCUUGCAGUGCGACCCCAGCAGCGCGGGGCAGUUUUAAAUAUCGGGCUCCGUCCUCCUUCUCCUCUGCAUUUUUUAUUUAUUUAUGGGGGUUAUUUUGUCUUUUAAUGAAGAAAUGAUGGAUGGAGCUGAUUCUGAGUCUGUACUCUGGCAGAUAAGGAUCACUUCCUGGCGUUCGCUGUCUCUCUCUCUCUCACACACACACACACACACACACACACACACACUAUGCAUUCCUGAUCUGAACUAGGGAACAGCUCUGACUCGGAGAUGAUGCUCAGACUGCCGGACACGAGCUCGUUUUAGGAGUGUUUUAUACAUUCAGGGUCCAGAUUUGAUUUUUUUUGAAGGUUGAGAGCGAAUCGCAGGCCGAGGAGACGCGGUGAACCUAGAAAUGAUUGAAUGAUUGGAUGACCGGAGUCUGUGGGGUGUUUUUUAGUGGUCAGUGUGUAUUAGAACUGCCUAAAGAUGUUAACGCACAGCCGCACCAGAUGCCUUCUUAAUGGAAUAGGGUUCCAGCACAUAGAGGAUUAGUAUUAUGGAUUAUUAGUGUAGAUUUUGUGGGUUCGCUUCUUAUUCCUGCCUUUAUUAUGCCGGACCAAGCUUCUAACCUGGGUUUAUCACAGCAGACCACAUGGAUCAUGGUGGGAGUGAGUUUGUGCGUUAAUGUAGUUUCAUUUUGUUGGUACGAAGAAGGAAAAAAAGUCACUGCAGAUUAAUUUCCAGUUCUUAAUCGAGUGUUUACCUGUUUUACAGUUAGCAUCAGUGUUAAACCCACAAACAGUAAGUCAUGUAGAGCCGAAAAAUGGGUCCCAAAGGAAAGUAGUAAUAAUUAACUAACUUGAACGUGAACGCCCCCUUGUGGAGGCUUUGUUACAUCUGGUAUAAAGAGAGUAAGUGUACAAAGCCCUGACUUACCCCUGGUUAGAGCACUACACUAGAUAUAUAAGUAUAAAUCUUUGUGUUCAGGUUGUUCAUUUCUAAACCUUUUUCCCAGUCCCAGUUACACGUCCAUUGAAUCAAGACUCAUCAACCCAACCACACCAUUAUCAACCCAACCACACCAUUAUCAACCCAACCACAUCAUUAUCAACCCAACUUAACCAUUAUCAACCCAACCACACCAUUAUCAACCCAACCACACCAUUAUCAACCCAACCACACCAUUAUCAACCCAACUUAACCAUUAUCAACCCAACCUAACCAUU